UUGUUUGAUCGAUAAUCAUUUACGAGUUUUUGCUACUUGUAAAAGUAGAAUGAAAUGAAAGUGAAACAGUAUCAAGUUUUUCAUUAACAUGAAUAGUGCAAAUAAUUCCCAAGUUUCUAAAGAUUCUUUUGAUACUACAAACAUUUCCGUAAAACUUCGACGACUGAAAAUUGAGGAAAAUGUUAUCUUCAGAAGUAUUCAAAAAACUUCCCAGGAUUUCCAGGACGAUAAUGUUUGUUGUCAUGGGUUUUAUUCACAAAGCUUCUUCAGAAAUUUAAAAGAUUCUGUAACUGAAAUGAAGAAACUAUUUGUGGACAUUAAAUUUCAUAUAAAUUCUCAAAGCAAUAUGGAUAUCGUUGAUAUUAAUGAAGUAAGAAAAGAGGUACUAGAUUUGGAAUCUAAAAUAAAGAGUUUCAAAACAUACUUGGACAUAGAAUUAUCAAAUGUUUCUCUUGAUGAAAAAGACUUAAUUAAAAAAUUAAAUGAAAAUCUUAACGAAGUGGAAAAGAUAAGGAGGAAACCGAAAGUGCAAGUUAAACCAUACAAUGACGUUGUUACCAGUCCGGUUAGAGCAAUUAUGAACUCGCCCUUUAAAUGCUCGGAAGUCCAAAAUUUCCAAGAAUUCAUGGCAAAUAGCAAAAAUCGCUAUGGUGGAUGGGUUGCUUAUAAUCACAUUGUAUUUGAGCAAACUUGGCGCAAAUAUUUUAAUUCCGAAAACGCUGAAGAUUAUAUUACGGAGCAUCAUUACUUGAAAAAUUUUGAAACAUUUAUUGAAGAACUAUUGCUAAAAAUUCAUGGUAUCAGACGAGACGAACUAAUUUCACAUCACCAAUGGUAUUUAAAAUAUGUAUAUCUGAAGGAACGUCAAAGGCAAGCCUUAGAAAAAUGGAAAACAAACAAAAAGUUGAUCAAGAAAGUUAUAACUAAAGUAACAAAACACGACAAUUCUGCUAAACCUAAAACUUCUGGAAAACUGAGGAAAACAUUAAGUGAACUUAAAGAUGAAGAAGUCGUGAAAGCAGUUGGCGUACUCCUGUUUGGAGAGCUACGUUGA